AUGGCUUCCCUCUGGCGCAGGAGAUUCCAGGCCUUCCUCGAGGCCCAGCAUGGCGACGUCAAAGAUGCCAGGAUCCCCGUCAGUAAGCGGUAUGAUCCCAUUGAUGCCUUUCCCACCGGCAUCGAUGCAUCCAACUGGCUCCUCAAGUUCCUCGCAGAUCCUGAGGCCUUGGCCGACAAGACCUUUGCCCCCUUUUCUGAGUGUUUCGAUUUGUCGUCUGUCCUUAUGUUCACGGCCAUCGUUUACCAAAAUAGCCAGUCGAGAUGCCGUGGCCGACUGGCGCAGCUCUCCAAGGAAAACGACAUCUUACUGAAUGAGAUUUUCGACUCGGUGGACCUCGAACGUGAAUAUUCCGAUCCAGACGACAGGGUCUUCUCCCACGAAUUGCUCCGCGAAGAAGCUGCCACUGUGGUUGCUCGUGUCGACACUAUCUGUAGUGCUCUGCGCCGAAUUGAAGAUAUACGAGUGAUCGAGGUACUCUAUCUCCCGUUGUGGAGAGUCGCUUUCAGAGCUCUGCUUCUCGGCUUCCACAAGGAGGCAGAACGAUUGUGCAGCUGUAUGCGUGACGAAUCCUUCAACAAAGUCUACUUUGAGCCUAGUACACGAACUGAAGAUAUCUCGGACGACCAUGUAAACAUACGGUGGGUGCAUGGACUUACGCUCGUUGUACAGCGUCAAUGGGAAGAGGCUCGGUGCGAAUUCUUGCUCGUCUUGGAAAACAAAGCAUGGCAGAAAGGGGAAAGUCAUGAUGAGGCCAUCCUGGCCGAACGAUGUUUCGCAAUGGCCCAGCAUUAUGCCCGCAAAGAAACGCGCGAUUAUGCAGCCAUCCGAAAUCUCGCCUCCGCACAUGAAGGGCUGUUGAAGAAGCAUGGCGGGGGAAACCAGGUGCUUGCGGCCAGGUGGGAUGUGAACCAGGCCAAACGCCACUCGGAGACCACCCAGCAAGAUGGGGAUACUUGGCGCGAUUGGGCAACUAUGGAGGUCAUGGAACAAUAUGGAGAAGAGCACCUGGCCACAUACGUUACCCGGUUAGAGAGGUCUCUCUUCCUGAGCCGAGCUGGCAACCAUCAGAAAGUCAUCGACCUCCAAUCCGCGCUGCUAGAAAAGUACCCGCAGCUUGUAGCAUCCGGCGUGCCUAUCGAUCGAGCUAACACCAUUGUCGUGGAGCUUGCGCUCAACUACUACCGGCUGGGCAUGGUGGAUGCUGGAAACAACGUAACCUCUACCAUGUUGCAGAAUAUGGACGCGCUCUUGGGCCAAGAGCACGAAGAUACGCUGGCGUGCCUAACCAAGUACAUCAACAUGGUGCGCGGUGUGGGAGUUGAAAUGUCCAUCGAAAUCCUUGCCCGAAUCUGUGGAAAUCUCAAAAGAGACCCCUUUGAACCUACGCAUAGUCACCGCCUCAUGGCGAUGCAUUGCGAAUUGGGUCACCAGUACCGAACCAGACGUGAUUACAACAUUGCGGUCAAGUAUUACCGCCAACUGGUCGACGCAGCGGUGGCUCGUCUAGGCAUUGAUAAAAGUGUCACCCAAGACGCUUAUCUGUGGCUCUUCGAGUGUUUUUGGAUCAUGGAGUUGGUAAAGGAAGCGAAGGACGUCGCCGAUCAAGUCAUUGACAUGCUGAAGGAACGAGGUCCCGCAAACAAGCGCCAGAUCUUGAACUGGCAAGGGCGACUCUGCAGCCUGGAGUGCCUCAAGUUCGACGAAAGCAUCUCCGGCCACGGCACUGAGGCUUCCGAACUGUCCAACAUGGUGUCUUCACAAUUUUUCGACCUCAAUGAGGGUCCUCUAGACCGGGCUUACGGAUAUCUGUAUAAAGCCUUGCAUUUCUUCUUCCAAGGAAAGGCACAGUGGGAUGCUUCGAUGCGGGAAACAAACCAUGCGCUGCACCAGUUGCAAUGCAUUCGCAGAACAAGCGUCCUGCGGAAGGAUAAUAGUGUGACGCAGUUGAAACUGUCUUUAUACCAGCGCCAGGCCAUCAUCCACGCCAAGUCACACAACUAUCAAUUGGCUAUUGAAGAUUAUUGCCAAAUCAUACACGUGGCCACCCGGGAGCCCAUGUAUGAUGUCUGGCGCUCUGAAUGGCUUCAUAUGGCCAAUAUUCAGAUUAAAAUCUUGGAAUCUGAACUUGGAAAGCAGAAGCACGGCCUAGAGGAACAGGUCCCACUGCUUGUAUCUUCAGAUUCAGGGGCUGUUUCGCGUUCGAAUGAAUACCCCCAUAAUAAAAAGAAUUGCCAACUCCCAACAGACCGACCGACGGUUGAGCAUGUAGAGCAUGCCACGAUUCGAUCAUCGUUCACGACUGAAAGGAAUAAAGCCGAAAAGAAAGAGCUUUCUCCUACUACCAAGCUUCUAGCUUCGAAGUUGCAAGAACAGAGGGAUCAAUCAAAGCAGAGCAUGUCAGAACAAGUUGGCACAGGUUCGAGGCGAGUCGCUUCAACGCUACCGCACAUAUUCAAAAGAAAAGCUACAAUCAGCUGGAACCCCCGGGCCAUGGACGCUUGUAAGGCAGAAGCCGCAACAACGACAAGUCAUGACAAGGAGGCCCACGCGAAGCUUACUACUAAGGUUGAAAAUAACCUGGCUGCAGUCUACGGACGCAGAGGCUAUGGAGGAGAUCCAGCUCGGCAUUCAGAACCAGCAGAUACCUCGAAACGUCAAGACAAGGGUUAUGAGGUGGCGAAGACUGCCGACGGUCAUACUGUCUCCCAGAUUGAAAACCCGCAGAUAUCGCAAGACGCUCAAGCCAUGGAGAAGAAGUCGCAAUCUGGACUGUUCAAGAGAUUCGUGGAUGGGAAACAACGAGCCGUACUGAACGAGCGCAAACCUCACCCGCAUGCCGGUUCAGGUAGCCAACCGUUGAAUUCUCAACUACAAAUCCCAAGACAUCCAAUUUCAAUAGAACCAAUGACACCCCUUUUCUCCCGCUUACGGUCUUCUAAGACUCCCGUUGGUUACUCGGAAAGCAUGUCCGCGGAGGCGAUCAAAGCUUCGCUUGCUGGGGGAUCUGGCGCCAAGCUUAUCUCGCCGCUGGCACCAGUGAAGGAGAGAAAGAUAGUGAAGCUGAAAUAUGAACCUUUGAAGAUCAAAUUGUUUAAAGAUUCGAUGAAGAAGCCUGAUUUCAGUCAUAUUGUGCCUGAUAGGCAAAAUCCCGAAAAUACACAGGCCGUGAUGGAGAACGCACAGGAGCGGGUUUCGAAGAACCUAGACCAAAGCUCGACCAGAAUGGUGAUGCAUACUUCCUCUUCUUGUCCGCGAGGUAUUAAAUCUGCGGAGCGUCUCCCUUUUAUUCCGGUGAAUUUGAAUAAUACUGGAUCAGCUGGAUUGAAACGGAUUUUCCUCAAAGGCGCGGGUCAGCAUGCGUUGCAACCACAGGCACCAAAAUCCGCAGACCAGAAAAGAAAUGAGAAGGAGAAGCGCGAGUUCGUCGAAAUUGCGCUAGAGACAGGUGAGGAGCGCAGGGAGUGCAUAGAGCGCAUAAAACGUGAAGAAACGGACUGGGAUGUCCUCAGUGACGAGUGCGAGGAAAGCGCGUACACGGAGCAGUGGGAUCCAGAGGAAAAAGAGUGGCAGAUGGUUUAG